AUGUCGAAGGUUCAGUCAUCGACCAAGUCCGAUGGCCAUCACAUCCAUCGCCACUCAUCCGACUCAAUAGACUCAGACGAGCCACCCCGUUACUCAGACGAACCAUCCGGCUCAUCAGCCGCCACCUACCAGCAGCAGUCGUCGGCACUCGAUCCCUCGUUGUCUGGGAAAUCUGUCGAGCCCUCGGGAUUCUUUCCUACAUCUUCAGCCCCAUGUCCGUUGGCUGGUGACUUGGAAGCCGGACAGUCAGCAAAUGAUACCCAACCUCCCGAGUUUUCGGUCUAUCAAGCCUCAUAUACGGCCGACAAGCUAGGGAAUAUCACUAGCCAUGAUUCACAUCUCAAUACGGAUGGGGAGGCUUUGUGUCGAUUCAUACUGUUACAUAUAUCAUCACCGCCCGAAUUGAUUGUGAAAUUGAGUGGAACUCAUGAGGAUCUGAGGACGGAAACCACGACUGAAUAUGUGAAUGGGCGGACUGAAUAUCGCACCAGGGAACAACGUCAAACCGUUACAGAUUUCUCCUUCACAAUGCAGGCGGCAGCUGAACCAGCUCUAGACCAUGGGAUCCGACGUCUAUACAUUGUUGGUGAUGGUGAGGUGGUUGGUCGAGGACGACAUCGACGUGAACGAGGGAGAUGGGAAAAUGGCAAAGAUUUGGGACUGUUAAACCAACUUGCAAAUGAACACGAAAGUUCAGAUCUACCGGGAAGAGGGAGGACAAGAGUGGGCUUCAAAGAAAGAAGAAAGGCUGAUAAAAUCGCCGAUGAAACUAAACGAUUUGGGUACCCGCCCUUUGUGCCCUCUUGGAUGUUUCCACGCAGUGCCUUCUCGUGUGAACCAAGCCGACCACCUGAUCAUUUGUUAGGACCCCACUGGUCGGAUAAAUGUUUGAACUACUUCAACUCAGUUGUCAGGAGAGGAUACUAUCGUCAUCAGAAGCCCAACCGAGAAGAGUCCGCUAAAGUGGAAAGAGAAUUGAGACAAUGGUGUGAUGACUAUUGUGCCAAUAAUAAGUACUUGAAAGAGCUUCGAGUUGAGAAGGCCGUGUUUGGAUGGAACUUGGCACUUUUGGAAGAAGAGUUACUUAAACUACUCAACUCAACCCCUCAUCUGAGCUCGACGCACUUUUCAGUCGAUUUUUACACUACUUCAUCUCAAAUUCUCGUCCGCCCGGUCAAUUUUGUCUCGAAGAUCUUCUCCCUCUCGGGGUUCAUCAAAUUCAUACUGUCGAUCACCUUAGUCUACCCGAUCCUGUGGCUCAUGCGGUAUCUCAUCCUGGGCGCCGAAUACGACGUCGUUCGUGUGGCUUACCCUUUGGUUUAUUGGCAUGAACCUGAACACUCAAACGCCGAGGCUCGGUUGAUUGGCCAGUCCGAACUCGAUUGGUUUUCUGCUAACCAAGCUAACAUCGCUCGCGCUUGUCAGAACUCUAAGAUUGGGAGUCUCCAAUCCUACUAG